AUGAAGAGGCGAAGGGUAGUGGUGAGGGAAACUCCAUGGAUAUGUCGGGAGAUUCCCAAUAUUUCGGAGGACACAAUUGUUGACCCCCUCAAGCCGAUUCCUCGUGAUUCCCUUUUGGAGGUUGCGAAAUUCUGCUUGGAAUGGGGACAAGAAGAAAAUUCACAUGUGCGGUUAUGUGGAGAAGAUGGUAUGGAAGGUUCGCAUAACUUCUUUGUUCGAUUGCUGACCAAGAAUGGUUGGUUGGAUGACUCAAACAUAGACAUGGCCUUGCUUUUGCUACGGGAGCGGCACGAGAGGUCUAGCAACUGGGUAGGUUCUGACUGGACGAUACUGGACACCACUUUUCAGGUAUCUGUUAUGAUGCAUAACUCGUGUGCCACUAUGCAGAAAUGUGCUGCCUUGGAUUACAAGCAAAUGAAGGCGUAUGUGGGAAAGGAGGACAGGCAGCACAGCAAGGGUCUACUGGGAAUGGUCAAGGGCGAAGGGCCUAUGUUGGCUAAAUCAUGGUCGUCUGUGAAUCGCGUUUGUUUGCCCUUUAACCUACAAAGGCAGAAGCACUGGAUCUUACUUGUUGUCGAUUUAAAAGAGUGUGAGAUAAGGGCAUAUGAUUCAAAAGUAGAUCUGUGCAGAACUCAAGCCAUCCAACAGGUCGUGCAGCCGGUGGCGAAAAUGCUUCCCCAGUUGUUAAAGGAAUCUGGAUAUAUUGGCGACGGUCUACUUCUGAAAACUAAGUGGCCAGUUAUUCGCGUCAUGGAUGCACCCCAACAAGUAGGCGGGGGGCCCUGUGGGAUGUACAUCCUCAAAUACUACGAGUUUCUGACCUCGAAUGUAGACCUGGCCAAGAUUUCCCAUGACGCCAUGCCCUUCUAUCGGUUGAAGCUCGCUGUACAGUUGUUGCCGGAAUAUUGGUAG